AUGGCUUUAUCGCCGCUCCUUCGCUGGGGUUCCAUUAUCUCAGUUAUUGCAGCCGCGGUUUUUGCCUACUCUUUCCAGCAACAUCCGUUUCUGUUCACGGGUGUUCACAAUGACCCUCUUCCGGUAUAUUGCUACCAAAGUGUGAGGACUCAUGAUGCCGCACAUCCGUCUGCUGAAUGUUUCUCGGUGGAGGGUGGUAUGUUUCGCUACGUCUGGACCCAGGAUAGCAAAGAUUCUCUGCACCAAGUGAAAGGAGCCGACAUUACCGUUUCAGACGGCUAUGCGAUUCCUGGUCUCUGGGAUGGCCAUGGGCAUCUGCUACAGUAUGGAGAAUUUCUUCACUCGAUUGAUCUUUUUGGCUCCAAGUCACUCGAUGAAGUGAGAGAUCGCAUCAAGACAUACCUUGCCGCAAACCCCGGAGCCGGCACCAAAGGCCAGUGGCUUCGUGGUAUUGGAUGGGACCAAUCUGCCUUUGGGCGUAUGCCUACUGCUAACGAUAUCGAGCAAGACGACGAGCUCAGAGGAAUUUUCAUGAUGCUGGACAGAAUUGAUGUCCACUGCUCAUGGGUUUCACAGUCAGUGUUGAAUCUCCUCCCGGAUGAAAUCCCAGACGUUCCCGGGGGUGAUAUUAUUCGUGAUCCUGGCCCAGGAGUCUUCUGCGAUAAUGCCAUGGACAUGAUUAUGGCCCUAUGGCCGAAGCCCGGAGAAGAGGAGAAAGCUCGAGCCGUCAAGUCAGCUAUGAAGGAGUUGAACAAGGUUGGCCUGGUAGGAAUGCACGACGCCGGUGUGACGGCAGACAACGCUCGGCUGUAUUCUGAACUGGCAACUUCUCCAGAUUGGACUGUCCGAGUUUACAGUAUGUUGGAGUGUGCGAAGAGAAACACAUUUUGCCCCGAAGCCACUUCUCAAAUCAGUCUUUCAAACGGCAUGUUUGGAUUACGCAGCGUCAAACUCUUUGCUGAUGGAGCUUUGGGAAGCUGGGGAAGCGCCAUGCUUGAGCCAUAUAGUGACCACCCUUGGACUUCCGGAUCACUCCUAAUCAAUGCAUCAGCCCUUACAGAGAUCAUCCACCCCGAUGACCAGAAACGCAUGCACGCUCUCGGCAUCAUCCCUUCCAUUCAGCCCACCCACGCCACCUCCGACAUGAAGUACGCCGAGGAAAGACUCGGACCAAAGCGAACAAAAGAGGAAGCCUACCGCAUGAAGUCUGUACUCGACAUCAAACCCAUCCUUGGCAGCGACUUCCCCGUCGAGCCACCAAACCCGUUUCAAGGAAUUUACGCUGCGAUGACGAGGAAGAACCCGCACACUGGAUUAGGGCCUGACCCGAAGAACCCCUCGCAAGGAUGGCAUACGCAAGAGACUCUCAGCUUGGACGAGGCCCUUAUGGGCUUUACACAAAAUGUUGCGUAUGGAGCGUUUGUCGAACAAUAUGCAGGCGCAAUUAGGCGGGGUGCAUUUGCGGAUUGGGUUGUGCUUGAUGAGCCGCUGGAGGACAUGGAUAUCGAGAAGCUUCGCACACUCAAAGUAAGAGAGACUUGGGUGGCGGGAAGAAGAGUAUACUCCCGAGACGAGACACGAUGGCCCUUGUCAGAUUCCAAUUAA